AUGGCCAACCCUAACGAAGACCCUUGCUCGACACCUAGGUCUACAAUUCCAAACGAAGAUGAAAGCCUCCUUCCCCCCAUCGCCAUCGUCGGUAUGGCGCUCCGCCUCCCCGGAGACAUAUCUACACCCUCAUCCUUCUGGUCGCUCCUCAUGAACAAGACCGACACCUCGAGUCCCGUCCCUGCGGACCGAUACAACGUUUCUACCUUCCACUCGCCCACCAAGCCCGGCAUGGUGCGUCCGCAGCGCGGCUACUUCCUGUCCCAGGACUAUAUGAAUCAGGUAGAUACCUCGGUCUUUCAGGUAGCCGGGUACGAGGCUUCGCAUCUCGAUCCGCAGCAGACGCUGCUGAUGGAGGUAGUCUGGGAGUGUAUGGAGAGCGCAGGGCAGAAGGAGUGGCGCGGACGGGAUAUCGGAUGCUACGUUGGCGUGUUUGGGGAGGAUUGGUAUGAUUUGAAUGGAAAGGAGACGGGUGAAUUGUCGAGGACUCAUGCAUUUGCGACGGGCGGGUUUGCAUUGUCGAAUCGCGUGAGCUAUCAGUUUGAUUUAAAGGGUCCCAGUGCCACCAUCCAAACCGCAUGCUCGUCCUCUCUGACGGCCGUUCACGAAGCCUGUCAAGCCCUGUACACGCGCAGCUGCGAAUCCACCAUCGUCGCGGGAACCAACAUGAUCCUGACCCCCACGAUGACAAUUACGAUGUCCGACAACCGAGUCCUCUCGCCUGACGGACGUUGCAAGACUUUCGAUGCGGAUGCAGAUGGCUACGCGCGUGGUGAGGCCGUCAACGCGGUGUUCCUGAAACGACUGGACGACGCGGUGCGAGACGGCGAUCCCAUCCGCGGCGUGAUCCGGUCCACGUCGGCCAACUACGACGGGCACAGCCAUCGCAUCUUUGCGCCGGAUGUGCACAGCCAGGAGAGGUUAAUUCGACAAGCCUAUUCGCGCGCUGGGAUCAAGGAUCUCGCCCAGACGGCUUUCGUCGAGUGCCAUGGUACUGGGACGAGGAUGGGAGAUGUGGUUGAGACGACGGCGGUGGCGCGGGCAUUUAAGUCCGAUGAGUUAUAUUUGGGAGCGGUCAAACCGAAUGUUGGACAUGGGGAAGGCGCAUCGGGGUUGACGGGACUGAUUAAAGCCGUGUUGGCGUUGGAGCAUCGCAUCAUCCCACCGAACAUCCAUUUCGAGACCCCAAAUCCGAAGAUCCCCUUCAACAAGGGUCUGCGCGUCCCUGUAGACCCUGUCCCGUGGCCGUCAAAUCGGAAGGAGCGAGUCAGCGUAAAUUGCUUCGGUGUGGGAGGGUCAAACGCUCACGUUAUCGUGGAAUCGGCAUCCUCGUUGAAGGCAAUCGAGCCCCCCUCAAACCCAAGGGCCCGUCUGUUGGUGACGUCUGCGUAUAGCGAGGCGUCGCUGCAUCGGCGAAUUUCCGACCUCCAGAAGUAUUUGGAACAGAACCCGAAAGGCGUGCAAGAUUUGGCACAUACGCUUGGUGCGAAACGAGAUCAUUUGUCCCAUCGUGCGUUCAUGAUCGCAAACGAAGAUGGGAUACUAGAAGAGCCUGUUUUAUCCAAACCUGUCUCUCCGUCGUCGAUUGUGUUUGCUUUCACCGGACAAGGAACUCAGUGGCCGGGGAUGGCUAAGGAGCUCGUUCAGUAUGUAGAAUCAUUCCGUGCGGAUAUUAAGAAGAUGGAUCAGAUCCUCAAGGCGUUAACGGACCCCCCGGCCUGGGAUAUAGAAGAUGAGUUACUUCGCAUCGGCACUUCCCACCGCGCUGGCAAGGUCGAGCUGUCGCAGACUCUUUGCGCCGCCGUCCAAAUCGCAUUGGUUAAUCUGCUCUCGGCUUGGGGAAUCCGUCCGUCCGCCGUAGUGGGCCAUUCCAGUGGUGAAAUUGCGGCUGCGUACGCGGCGGGUGCGAUUCCCAUCGAGUCGGCCAUAACCAUUGCCUACUACCGUGGACAAGCUGCCAAGUCGAGUACCAGAUCAGGAGGGAUGGUAGUUGUUGGCUUGAGUUCGGAGAUGGCCAAACAAUAUCUUGUUGACGGAGUCGUUGUAGCGUGUGAGAAUAGUCCCCAGAGUGUCAAUCUAUCUGGGGAUAAGGAUAAGUUGGACGCGGUGCUGGAGACAAUCCUGACUGAGCAUCCGGGUACAUUCAACAGGAAACUACCUGUCGAUGUGGCAUAUCAUUCACCCCACAUGGCCGAACUGGCACAUAUAUACGAGGCCGCCAUCCGCCCUCAUAUCUCGACCACUGCAUCCACCAGCGGGGUUCCCAUAUACUCCUCUGUGACCGGGCAAGUCCUAAGUCCUACCGACCUGGAUGCCACAUACUGGCGACGCAACCUCGAGUCGCCCGUCCUCUUCGCCUCAGCUGUGAGUAAUCUGUUGGACGCCCAGACAACGGAUCUCGAACCCAUCCUCUUCCUCGAGAUUGGCGCACACCCAGCCCUCUCCUCUCCUCUCCGCCAAAUUUCCUCACACCUCAACAAGCCCAUUACCCACAUAGCCACCCUCCGCCAACACACCGACCAACACCUCUCCCUCCUCCAAUCCGCAGGAUACAUCUAUCUCGCAAAUCGCACCCCGUCAUUUCCGGCCCUCAACGGCCCUGGCGCCACUCUCUCCGACCUCCCCAUCUACCCUUGGGACCGCCGGAACAUCAACCGCCAGGAAAGCCGACUGACACGCAACUGGCGAUUCCGCACACACGCACCCCACGAGCUGCUUGGCUCGCGAACUCUAGAGUCCACGGAUCUUGAGCCUUCAUGGCGAAAUUUGCUUCGCGCACCAGAUGUCACCUGGCUUUCGGAUCACCAUGUUUUAGGAGACAUCGUGUUUCCGGCUGCAGGGUACGUCGCCAUGAUUGUAGAGGCGGUUCGUCAGGUCUCAGACUCUGAGGGCAGUAGCAGUCAGGGAUGUUGGGUCCAGCACUUGGUGAUUAAGACGCCGUUGAUCUUGAGUAAGAAGGGAUCAAUGGUGGAGAUGGUUACCUCUUUCAAGCCAGUGCGGUACAGCGAUCGCGUGGAGUCAGAAUGGUGGGAGGUGACGAUUGCUUCUUUUAACGGGACUGCGUGGACAAGGCAUUGUAUGGGGCAGGUUCGAAGCGGCGAGGCCGAUGAUGGUAACGAACAUGGCCACGCAUUCUCGACUGAGCAGAUUAAACGACUUCCUCGUCCCGUCGCGCCCGAAAAAUGGUAUCGCACGCUCAAGAAUGUCGGGCUGGAGUACGGGCCCCAGUUCCAACUCCUAGAGGACAUCACUACCCAUCCGGUAGAACACGUCGCGAAUGCCACUAUUGGCAAGAGGUCCGGUCACGCCGAGUACCCUGUGCACCCGACCGUUAUCGACCAGUGUCUCCAGCUUGCCGGACUAGCGGCGUGUCGGGGCCGGACGACUCUGAUCGACGGCGUCGCCAUCCCGGCAUUUAUUGAGAGCGUGUAUGUCGGCAGUGCGCAGGAAGGGGAGAUCAUGGUGGCGGAGACGAAAGGUGCUUCAGUUGCUGGGACACAUGCGAAAUGCGACGCGCGGCUGAUGACAGGCGAGACAACGGCGCUGUUGGUGCAGGGCGCGGCGAUCGUGCAAUUGGAUCGGGCGAGGCAGGAAGAAAAGCUGCCUCUGACAUCUCACAUUGAGUGGAGGCCGGAUGCGGACUUGUCGUCUACAAAGGAGCUUAUGGAAUGCGAGAUAAGUGAAUCGGGGUCUCUUAUGGAUAGAUUGUCUGCACUGUCGGUCAUUCAGAUUCACAGGGCUAUCAGGGACGUUACGCCUGUUCCUCAAUUUGAGGGAUACAAACGAUGGGUCUGCGAACGGGGCGAUCAUUACAGGAAUACCACGGCCUCAGAGGCACAGGAAUGGUAUUCACUGGAUGACACGGCUCUGCAGUGCCUUCGCGACGGGGUGAGCGCAAAAUUGAAGACCCACGGCCAGGAGGAAAUCUCGGGCCUCAGUGAGAGUGUUGUCGAAGCGUGCGCCGACAUCUUGCGCGGGACAGUUGAUGCGGCCCAAAUCGUGUCAGAAAAUAGUAUGAUGCAGGUUUACGAGUAUACAGCAUCAUCGGAGCAAGUAACUCAACUUCUUGGUGUGAUGCGCCAUACGAACCCCCGGCUGCGCGUUCUCGAUAUAGGCAGUGGUCCGGCCAGGUUGACAUCGUGUGUCUUAAAAGCGCUCACGUCGGAAGAAGGGCGAUGCUGGUCUAAGUAUACCUGGACUGAUGUCUCCACUGUCGCUGUCCAAGCUGCGCAGGAAAGAUAUGGCGAGACGGUGGAAUGUUUUCUUUUUGAUGUCACGCAGGACUCGGUGUUGCAGGGAUUGCAGGAAUUUGCAUAUGAUGUUGUGAUUGUAUCAGAUGCCUUGCGCACAAUCCCGCAAAUUGGUGUUGCUCUCCAGAACAUCAAGAAGUUCCUGGUGUCGGGAGGGAGAAUUGUGAUACAGGAGACAACUCGCGUUGCAACGAUGAACUAUAUUACGGGUCUUCUUCCCCAGUCGAAACUUCCGAGCGCAGGCUCCCUUUCGUCAACUGAGUGGGAGUCCUGCAUGAAAACUGUCGGAUUUGAGGACAUCAACAUGGAUGACUUUGAUCACUUAGCUCGACGGCACAUCGUGGCGAAAGCCCGACAGCCAGCGCUCGAGCCAACAUCAAUUGACAUCCUCAUUCCCGACAACCCAAGCCACCCCUGGCACAAAACCAUCGAGUCCGCUCUCUCAGACAGAGGAUUCACUGUGCAGACUCAUACUCUCGGUCAAAGUAUUGCCAAGAACGCCCUAGUGAUUUCCCUGCUCGAUCUCGAUGCCCCCUUCUUCAAAUCCAUGACGGCAAACCAACUCUCCGCCCUGCAAACCCUUCUCGCCUCCACUCCCCGCAUCCUCUGGGUCACGCAAUCUGCACAGGUGAGAUCCACUAACCCGGACUUUGGACUCGUCCUCGGGGCCGCGCGGUGCAUCCGACAGGAAACUGGAGUCUCGUUUGCCACAGUGGAGGUGGACGCAUUCACCCCGUCGGCGCUGAACGCCGUGCUGAGCGUACAAGAGAAAUUUCGUCGACAGCAGAGUCAAGAUGAUCUGAAUGCAAAAGAUUACGAGUUUGUCAUUCAUGACGGGGUUGUCUACACGGGGCGCUACCAUUGGACUUCGCUCACAAAUAUGUUGAUCGCUCAGUCGGAGCAGGACACUUCCCUGAAGUUGGACAUCGCGAAUUACGGCGCCAUCGGGUCUCUUGGCUGGGUGCCCGAUCAUACGGAUCCCUUGGGUGCUGAUGAUGUCGAAGUGGAUAUUCGAUACGUGGGUUUGAAUUUCAGGGAUAUCAUGAUUUCGCUAGGCGUUAUGGCCAACAAAGAGGAACUCGGUAUCGAGUGCAGUGGCAUUAUCACCCGCACUGGCGCGAAUGUUCGGCACCUGCAUCAAGGCCAAAAGGUCUGCGUUCUUUACUCGGGUGUAUUUCGCUCGCGGAAGGUCGUACCGGCAACUGCUUGUUCAGAGGUGCCAGCUACGGUGUCUCUGGAUGAUGCGGCGGGGGUCCAGGUGGUUUUUUAUACGGCGAUGUAUUCACUUAUGGAGGUCGGGCGAUUACGCAAGGGACAGUCUGUUUUGAUUCAGGCGGCUUGCGGUGGUGUUGGUCUUGCAGCUGUCCAACUCUGUCAGGCAAUUGGGGCGGAGAUCUACUGCACUGUCGGCAGCGAGAAAAAGGCCCAGUAUCUGAUCGAAGCAUUUGGCAUCCCGCGCCAUCGCAUCUUCAACUCCCGCGACGCGUCGUUCCUUCAGGGGGUUAUGCGCGAGACGAACGGAGAAGGAGUCGACAUCGUUCUCAAUUCACUCGGUGGACCUCUCCUCCACGCUUCCUGGAAGUGUGUCGCGCAAUUCGGAAAGAUGAUCGAGCUGGGUAAGAGAGACUUCCUGGAGCAUGGAAUGCUCCGGAUGGAUCUGUUCGGCGGGAAUCGGUCUUUCAUCGGGGUCGACUUAUUCGAGCUGGCGAAGAAGCCGGGGCUGAUCGCUGGGCUGCACGAUCAACUUCUCGACCUCUUUCAAGAAGACAAACUGCAGCCCAUCCGGCCUUUGAAGGUGAUGCCCGCGGGUGAAGUUGAGCAGGCCUUCAGGCAUCUGCAACAGGGUCUGCACACGGGAAAGAUUGUAGUGCAGAUUCCCGAGAAUACUGCUUCGUUGCAGGUUUCUCAGACCCGUCAGACGGUUACUUUCGACCCGGACGCUGCGUAUCUGCUCGUGGGCGGACUCGGGGGAAUCGGUCGCUCUAUUGCAACAUGGAUGAUCGAGCACGGCGCAAAACACUUGAUCUUUCUCUCUCGCUCGGCCGGUCAAUCGGCAGAUGAUCAGGCCUUCCUGCAUGAGCUUCAUGUCCAAGGGUGCGAUGCCCGCGCCGUGAAGGGCGACGUAUCGAUUCUGGCUGACGUUCAGCGCGCAGUCGAUGACUGCCCUCAUCCUAUCCGAGGAAUGCUUCAGCUAUCCAUGCUGACUCGUGACCAAUUCGUCCGCGACCUCACCCAUACUAACUGGACCACCGCGCUCGCCGCCAAAGUAACCGGUACCUGGAACCUGCAUCACGCGCUCCAAAAUUCACCCUUGGCCUUCUUCGUCCUAUGCAGCUCCAUUGCCGGCCUCAUGGGCAGCCCGGGCCAAAUGAACUACGCGGCCGCCAACACUUUCCUCAACUCAUUCACGCAAUUUCGCCUGCAACAAAACCUGCCCGCCUCGGUCGUCAGCCUCGGGGGCGUUGACGAUAUCGGCUUCCUAGCGACCCAGGCCACCCGUGUGAGAGAUAACAUGCGCGCUGCCUCCGUCCGCAUGCUGCAGGAACAUGAGGUCCUUGACGCCUUCGAGGUCGCUAUAACCGGUCGAACUCUGCCCUUGCCGUCCUUCUCCCGAGAGGCUCUCGUCCCGCAAGAAUUCGCCAUCGGGCUGAGCAGCACCAAAGCCCUCUCAGAUCCCUCCGUGCGUCCCCUAUGGGGCAACGACGCGCGCUUCCUUCACUAUCAUGACACAGUCCCCGAUGCCUCAGGCGAUCAGGCCACGGCGCCCAUAAACGCUAUACGCCAGCUAAUCAACGACGCGAGAAUCCAGAUCGCAGCGGCGCGGUCCGCAUCUACAUCCACAUCCUACCCCCCGACAGGCGGCUCUGAACCCCAAUCUAGCGGUGACAGGGACUUACUCGAGGCUCAGUUCAUUCCCGCCCAUCGCGCUGCAAUCCGCAAGGCCAUGUUAGAGGGGAUCCAGACGUUCUCGAUCUUCGGUGAGGACAUGGACAACGAAUCACUUGCCAAAAUGCAGAUAGACUCGUUGAUGACGAUCGAGUUGAGGAAUUGGUUGAGGAGACAUUUGGGACUGGACGCUCCACUAUCAUCUUUGGAUGAUCCUGCAAAAUACAAAACGAAUGCCGAUCCACAGCUUCGGCUUUACGCUGUGCCUAGUACGAGUACGACUGGAAAUGCCAUUCUAGAAGCUUUCUUUCUGACAUUUGCUACGGGUCCGUCCGACACCUGCUGGCCAUCAUCGACUGAAUGGGCAUUGCUCAACGACACUCUUUCAGGAUGUCUGAUGAAGACCGUGCCACCAGCCUCGGCCUGCUACAAAUCCGAAAGCAACUACAAUGCGACGGAAUGUCAACAGAUUGUCGAAGAGUGGACCACAUCUGUCUUUCACUCCUCUAGUCCUUCUAGUGUUCUGGACCCGAUCUGGUCCGGCGAUGCCUGCCCCCCUCUGUACCCAAAUGGCACCGGCAUCACAGGAGACCCUCACGCAGCCUCCAAGGGCUGUGGGUUGGGAAAUCUCUCGCCUUACGUGGUGAACGCCACCUCUGCCACCCACGUGCAGACUGCGUUGCGAUUUGCCAAGAAGAAGAAUAUUCGCAUCAACGUCAAGAAUACAGGACAUAAUCCUGAGAAGAGCUCGGCGUAUGGUAGCUUAGGUAUCUGGACUCAUCAUAUGAAAGAUUUCAAAUUCCACAAGUCGUUCAAAGCAUGUGAGAGCUCCGAGCCCCAGAUGGCGGGUACCGUCGGCGCAGGAGUCCAAGACGGCGAGUUGUUCAAAAAGAUGGCAAAGCAUAACGCCAUUGCCGUGGGUGGCACCAACUCGGAUGUCGGAAUCAUCGGAUGGGCCCUUGCCGGCGGCCACGGAUACGCCACCGGUCAGUACGGGAUGGGAGCCGAUUCCAUUAUCGAGGCGGAGCUCGUCACUUCUGAAGGAGAAGUCUUGACUGUCAACGAGUGCCAGUAUCCCGACCUAUUCUGGGCUAUUCGCGGAGGCGGCGGCAGUACCUUUGGCGUGGUUCUUUCGGUCACCGUCAAAGCCCAUCCCAUGCCUUCUGUCGGCGUCGUCAGCUUCGACGUGUCGCCGCGAAACCACACUUCUCCGAAACAGUGGUGGAACACCGUCGCCAGUGUGCACAAAGAAAUGGCAGACCUGCAGGAUGCUGGCUACGCUGGAUACUACACGAUCGGCGGACCUCCGUUGGCCUUCCAUAACACCAUGUUCGCAUACAAUGUCAGCAGUGCCGAGGAAGCGAGAAAGCUGACCCAGCCGUUGGAGAAAGCACUCGAUCGAGUCAAUUCCAUCGUCAAGACAGAUGUUUCUGCGCUUUGGUUCAAGACUUGGUACGAGCUGGUUGAGAAACUGGGGCCAUUGGCGGACGCAACCGAUGUCGGCACCAAGCGCAGCGUUCGUGCUUCUCGACUUGUAACUCGACGAGCUAUCGAAGACACGGCACUUUUUGCGCAAACGUUGGAAAAGAUUGGUCCUCAAUUUACUGAGCCUAAGAACGGGGUUUCCAACCCAUCUCUGUCAGGAACUAUGACCGUGGGCAAGAAAUCUGUAGACAGUGCACUUAACCCUGCUUGGCGCGAUACUGUCAUUCAUCUGAUCUCAGAGCAGCAGUGGGAUAGUACUCUACCUGAAAAGAUUGCCAAUGAGACCAUUCAUGAUAUGAUCUAUGACAAAGGGUAUGCUCUCCGGCAACUGGCCCCAGAUAGCGGAGCCUAUAUCAACGAGGCAAACCCCUACGAGCCCAACUGGCAAUGGUCCUUCUGGGGAUCUAACUACCCGCGUCUACAUGCCAUCAAGCAGAAAUACGACCAAAAUAACCUCCUGUGGUGUCGCACCUGCGUUGGGAGUGAGCAGCUCAUUCAAUUGCAGAAUGGGACACUGUGCAAGAACUUGUAA